AUGAGUAACCCUAGUAUCAUUAUAGAUCCUAAUGAAGCUCGUGAUAUUGAAAAAAAUCUUAUAUUGCGAGAAAUAUAUUACCGUCCUACUGGUUAUUUCUCCAACGCAAAGACGUUAAGAGAUGAAUAUCAUAAAUUAAUAAGAGAGUGGGUCAAGUAUUUGCCAGAAGUUAUCGAUUACCUAAAUAAUUAUCCAACACGUCUUAUUAGAGCUCCUGGAUCCUCGAAGUGGGGGUUGGCACCAAUAAAAGCCAUCAAAUUAGAAAAGGUUGAAUCUCGGCCAUCCACAAAAUAUAAACGUCCUGUUGGGAAAAAUGAGGAGAAUAAGUUAAAGAAGGGUGAUAGUGUUCGUUAUCUGCUUGCUAAUGCGGAAUGGGAAGGAGGUAUGGAAAAUCAGAAAAGAGCCACGGAUCCCACAUUCAGUCCAAGCAUUCAUAAAAUUCGAAAAAUUGUGGUAACGAAGAACGAACCAGUUUUAUAUUAUCUUGGGAGCGAUGACGAUGAAUAUCCUCCAAAGCGAGGAUUUGUACGUGAAGAACUCAUGCACGUGAAUAUUGAUACGCUUCAGUAUCCACCCCAGAGUAUAUUGGAAGAAAACACUCACUCCAGAUCUGUUAAUAUCGUUCGUGUUAUUAAUAAAAUGACUAAAGCGCAACAAUAUGUCAGGAAGCGUGGUGGACAUUGUAUUAUGAAAACUGACCAAAUAAAUGAUUUUGAUGCCUCUAAGCCUCAUCAUAUCAAGGAUAAAACAAUUUGUGGGAUCGCAUCAUUAUGUCCAAAUUUAACUUAUCUUUAUUUGGGAUAUAGUAAUAAUAUUUCAGAUAUCUCAGUAAUCGAAAUUGCUAAGUCGUGUAAAAAAAUAGAGUAUAUUAAUAUAGGUGGUUCGGGUAUUACCGAUGUAUCAUUAAAAGAAAUCGCUCACUUAUGUCCAAACCUCCGACAUCUUCACCUGAGUAAUUGUGAGAAGAUAACAGAUGAUGGUAUUUGCGCUAUAGCUAUUUCACAUCCAAAUAUGCUUAGUUUUUCUUUUGCUGAUGAAGAAGGUAAAUUCGAUAUGGAUAAUAUAGCUGUUUCUGAUACGUCCAAGCUUGUUAUUGCUGAUUGCGAUGAAAUCAGCAUGAAUGCAAUUAUAACCUUACAGAAUAAAAAUCCCACUCUCAAUAUUUUCGGUUGGUAUUCAGAUACGAAUAGUGAGUCAGAUACAGAUGGUGUAAUACAAGUUCGAAUCUAUGAUUUAUCAGAAUAA